GUCGCGCUAUCACGUGGCUAGUGUCCUUCACCCAGAAAGUGAAAGAUGGCGGGACUCGGCAACACGGGUAUGAACUUCGAGGCUAUUUCAAAAAUAUGGCCUAUUCUAAAGACUGUGAAGUGCGAAGACAAGAAGGAUGAUUUAAUAAAACGUGCUGCCACAGAGGACCUAAGACAAGUGUUCAACAAAUAUGCAACCAAAACUGUUCAGGGAGAACACUUCAUGACCUACUCUGACUUUAUCCAUGGAUACCUAAAGUUGUUGAGCCCUGAUAACUUUGAUGAAUACACCUUAAAUAUUCUUGCCAGUACGGUAGAUACAACUCGUGAUGGGCUGAUUUCUUUCACAGAAUUUCAAGCUUUUGAAGCUUUGCUGUGCAUGCCUGAUGCCAUGUACACAUUGGCUUUUCAAAUUUUUGACCGGAAUGCCAAUGGUUAUGUAACCUUUGAUGAAUUUGAAAACAUUAUUAAACAUACCACUCUCAACAGUAAAAUUCCUUUCAAUUUUGACUGCGAUCUUAUACACCUACACUUUGGUAAGGACAAAUCACGCAAAGUGAGCUACCAGGAAUUUACACAGCUUAUUCAUGAUUUUCACGAAGAACAUGCUGUACAAGCAUUCAGGAGUCUGGAUAAGGGCAAGACAGGCUACAUCAGUGCUAAAGACUUUGAAGACAUUAUGUGUUCUCUCAAACCAUAUCUUCUUACCCCAUUUACUCGUGAAAACCUUGUCACUGUAACUUUAGGUGGCAAGCGUCAGAUGCAGAUCAGCUAUGCAUACUUCACGGCCUUUGUCUCGCUGUUAAACAAUGUUGAACUGUUUCGUCGGAUAUUUCUGGCUGCUACCCGUCGGGAUGUUAACAAAAUGGUGACAAAAGAGGAGCUGCUAUAUCAAGCUCAAGCAUUUGCCCAAGUGACUCCCCUGGAGGUAGAAAUUCUGUUUAAACUGGCCAGUCUUCGUCACCAGACUGGGAUGCUGUCAUAUGCAGACCUGGAUGCCAUCUCUGCUCUUGGUGAUCGUGAAACUCCUUUUAAAAUACAGAUGCAAAUUGCUGAGGUAUUACAAGUUUCCAAAAACUACGAUUUAGAGCAAGGUACUACCCAACGAACACCACUUCUUGCUGUAGCUGAACAAAUGUACCGGUUUACGCUGGGUGCCAUGGCUGGUGCAACUGGAGCCACAGCUGUAUACCCCAUUGACCUUGUCAAAACACGUAUGCAGAACCAGAGGUCAGGGUCAUAUGUAGGUGAGCUCAUGUACAAGAAUAGCAUUGACUGCUUCAAAAAGGUUAUCCGGCAUGAGGGCUUCCGUGGUCUAUACCGUGGUCUGGCACCACAGCUUGUUGGAGUGGCACCGGAGAAAGCAAUCAAGCUUACGGUCAAUGACUUGAUGCGAGACAAGCUUAUGAGAAAGGAUGGCUCCUUGCCUCUGUGGGCCGAGUGUGUUGCUGGUGGAAUGGCAGGUGCAUCACAAGUAGUAUUUACCAAUCCUUUGGAGAUAGUCAAGAUUCGACUCCAGGUGGCAGGUGAAAUUGUUGGCAAGGCACGAGUUAGUGCAAUUAAUGUCAUCAAGGACUUGGGAUUUUUCGGCCUCUAUAAGGGAUCUCGAGCCUGUUUUUUGAGAGACAUUCCCUUCUCGGCUAUCUACUUCCCAGCAUAUGCACACAACAAAAAAUACUUUGCUGAUGAAAAUGGCUACAAUUCACCACAGUCUCUUCUGCUGUCAGCUACCAUUGCAGGCAUGCCUGCGGCCUUUUUUCCUACACCUGCUGAUGUAAUCAAGACAAGGCUUCAGGUGGCAGAGCGUGCAGGGCAAACCACUUACAAAGGCAUUCUGGACUGUUGUGGAAAAAUCAUGAGAGAGGAAGGCCCAAGUGCAUUUUGGAAGGGCUCUGCAGCUCGUGUGCUUCGAUCAUCACCACAGUUUGGUGUGACUUUGCUUACAUAUGAACUUCUUCAGCGACUAUUUUAUGUAGAUUUCGGUGGAAGUCGGCCCGAGGGUUCACAGGCCAAGAAUGUUCACAUGGAAGAAAUACUUUCUAGAAAUCCAGAUCAUAUUGGAGGUUACCGCCUGGCACUUGCCACUUUCGAUGGCAUCGAGACUAAGUUUGGUCUGAUGUUACCAAAGUUCAAGCCCAUACCAGCAGACGCCACCCAGUGAUGUGCAGUGACAUUCAGUCCCAUUGAAGCAGAUUGAUGCGUGUGGGUAGGAAGUUGUUGAUGCCUCUAUGAACACCUCCAUGCAUGGGAAUACUAUUGUGACAUGCUGCUUGGAGAUUUUUAUUAGAUUUGAUGGAGGUUGUGACAUCGUCUCACCAUGAUAUCCUUUCCCGCUCCAUCUGCCUGUCUUGAAGUUUCAUGAUCUUGGAAACUAAUCUUCAUUCACAUGUUUACUCAAAACCAUCCCAGGAACUGCUGUCGUGUUUCAUUCCUUACCCCAAACCCAAUUUUCACCUUUCUUGAUCUCCUUUAACUAAGUGUGGUAAUAAAUGUUGGAAGAGAAGACAUUAGAUAUAAUUUAACCCUUGAUAUCAGUGAAAUGCAUUGCUGCAACAACAUUGACAUGUCGGACACAAGAACAGCAUACAAAGACAUGAAAGACGCUUGCUGUAUAUUAUUCAGUGUAAGGAUAUGUUUUAAGCUCUUAACACUAGAAGGGGUAACAGUUAUUAUGGACUCUCCAAAGUUGUCUUCCUUAAAAAGAAAAAAAUGGCAUAAAUACUGAUGAGCAAAGUUUUACAUUGAGGCAACUAUAGUGGGAAUGAGUUUCAUGGUUCAUCAUGUUUCAUAUUCAUAUGAAGAUGCUUUGGAGCCUGGUAAAUGGCCAGUGCAACAGUAAGUGUGGGGUAGUGAUAUUAGUAGGACCAUAACCUAUUUUAAACAACUCUCUGAAAGGUGUGUCUUCCUUGGUAAAUAUGUUAUGACAAAGCUGACCAAUAGACAAAAUGAUAUUUUCCACAGUACAGCUUGAUCAGACCAAGAGUUGCAAAAUUAUUUAUUAGAGUAGUGUUUCUGUGAUGCACUGAUAUUCUUUGUCAGAUGCACUCACACAUAAUGGGCAAAAAUAGCAGCCCUUCGGUAUCUUAAAAUCAUGCACAGUUUUUAUUUGUGCGCAUACUCAGACCAAAGCAGAUGCCUACAUUUCUAGAUUUGACACCUACUUCCCCAAGAUUUCCUUGUGGAUGUGUGAAUGCACGUGUGCUUUUAUGUAGUUAGGAUAUGUGAAAAAUAAGUGUUUAUAUCACUGCUGUACAGAGAAAGUCUACAUGGGUGAAUUAAGAAUGUAAAGCAAUCCUUUUUGGGAUGUGACGUUUGAAGUAAGCAGACAAUAGCCUCAUGACUGGUUUUACCAAAAAUGGCUAUAAAAUGCCUAUAGCCUUUAAUUGCAAAGGAAGUAGAUGUUAGAUCCCCUUAUCUCGGACAAGAUUAGUGCUGGUGUAUGAUUAUAUUGAUGUGUUAAUAAGUGUAAUAACAGCGACGGCUGAAUGUAUUCAAGCUUACAUGGUUCAAGAUUAAAGCUCUUGUUUAGUGCUAGGAUGAAUGCAGAUGGUGGAAGUAUGCUAUAAUUCUUGUAAAACAUUUGGUGAUGAUCCAUGUCACUGUGCCUGGGUGUACACUUUGGUCAUGUAAUCUUGUUAUUUGGCAUGUGAUAACUUUUGCCAUAUUUAGUGUUUGUAUUCAAAAUGUUUCUCUAUGAAAGCAAACUGUCGUUGACUUAGCUGACAAAUUAGUGUCUCGUGCUAAAGGGUAUCUAGGAAUACAAGGACAGACCUGUGUAAACACUGGCAAGUGAAUUAUUUUUGAAUCAACAUAUGUUCUGCCACUCCCGCCAUGCACACUGAUUGUAAAAAAUUAAAACAUGCAGCUGAUGGCAAUUUUUGCUUUCAUUGUUAACAAUAAUUAUAUAAAUCUGACACAGCUAGUUGUUGAGUGUGUAGCAUAGUAAUAAUUCAAAUUGCUUUGCUGGCUUUGAAUUGGAGAAUCUGUUCUUGCUGCUUCGUUUCCACAUUGCAACAGCAGGAUUUUUUUUAGUCAUACAUAAAUUUUGACAGAAAACACUAUUUUACUGUUUACUUAAGUCAUCUUUUUAAGUCACCAUUUUUCUGUCAGCCUUCAUUAUGCUGCACACAUAUCCUCAAACUUUUAUUAGAAUUAAGCUUAAUUUGUGGUUAGCCUUAGGAUAACUGUGUCUAGACCUUCAUUCUGUUGUUGAAUGUUUCUUUUGUGCAUAAUGUUUGACUAAAUAUACAUACAGGAUGAAGCAUCAUCCUGUGUUUUGUUAAAAAUUUAUUUUUCUAAGAUGUUUUCUGUAGAUAGUGCUGCACAGUACUGCUUCUACUUUUAUUUUAUAUGUUAGUAUUUUCCUUGGCAUCUGUAUUAUGGAGAAUGUACAUUUCGUAGAGGUGACCUUUUAUUUAUAUUUCACAUGAUUUUCAUAAAUACAUUACAGAGAUAGAAGGAUACAUAGUGUGUGAAGUUACAAAUGGUCUACUCAAGAUUCUGUUUUGUUUUGAGGUUUGAAAAGUACCAAGCAGAUUGAGAUGUGGUCUCCAACACUGUACUCUGUAAACUUUAUGUGCAUCAUAGCCUUAGCUGAUUUCAGAAUCUCAACCUCUAGACGUUCUUUUUUUUCCCAGGGGCCUUUCAUAAAAUGAAAUAAGUGAAACCGCAUGUAUGUCAGAUACACUGAAAGUUUUCAAUUUUUCCUAGGUACAUGAUCAUGAAUACAACUGCCUUAAUGUGGAUUUCUUUUCUAAUUCAAAAUCCAUCAAAUAUUGUUGCAAAACUAGAUGGCUGACCCACCUGCCUCAAACAAUUUAAUUAGAUUGUCAAAUAUUGCCAAAGUCCAGCAUUGUGUAUUGACAAAAUUUUACAUUUGGAGACAAUCCAUCUGCGGAAUAUUUAGCCAAAAGUUUGUUUUAAUCCAAGAAAAUAUAUUGCAUAUCAUUUAUGUGUAAGCCUUGCACAGAAGUCUUUAGAAAUAGAAUUGUAAAUUCUUCAAGAAUCACAUUCAGAUAGAUGGCAGAAGGGUAGAGAAACCCAUCAUCUAUUUCUUUUAAUAUAUCUUUUUUGGUACUUUCUCAUUAUCCACUUGAUUUUUGAUUGUAAAAUACUAGGAAAGUUUUUAUGCACUUUGUUUCAAGUAGAUUUGCAUUGGACUGGGGUGUAAUGACUGAGUCAGUAUUGUGUGGAAAGUUUGCUUUUAAAACUGUGUUUCUGCUGUAUUGUGCUUGUUGAGUUGGCAGGCUGUUUAAAUUAUUAUCAGUGUAGUUGACUAAGCAUGUGUACAGAACAGGAUGUCUGUUUUCCAGCAACUUUUGUAAUGCCUGCAGAUUGUGUGCUCUGAUAUCAAUUUAUACAUUGUUUGCUUUACAAUCAAGUCCCCGUAGCAAGAGCUUAAUAAUGAAUGUAAUUCUGCCAACUUCCAGCAGCCUGGUUAUGUGUCUGUUCGGGUGAAUCAAGAAGACGAUUUAAGAGUUGUGCAUCUGAUUUUAUAUUUAUGUGCAGACGCUGAGGUUUUGUGAAAAGCAUUUGUUACUGCAAUAAAUUCAAUUACACAGGCUGUAAAAUUAAUCAGUUAGCUCUUGAGCCUGGUAGAACUUCAGUCUUGGUAUGUCAGCUGUGAAUCUGCAACAAAUUCGAACUUUUUUGCAGUCCUGAUACAUCUACUGCCAGUAAAGGUUGAAAAUCAUA